UCUACGCAACCACGAACACCUCAGAGCCCUUCCCAAGCUCAUCCCGCACACGAACUUCCUUCGAAACCUGGCACAUCACCUAGACCCACGAAUUCCCUUCCUACGCCAGCACACAGCAUCAACGGUAGCAAGUCGUAUUCCGAGGCAUUCGCCCCAGAGCUCAUUGCCGAUGUCGCUCUCCUGAACGAGUCCCAUAACAAGCGCAAGCGUGACAUUGAAGACAAUGGGGAUCAAGAGCAUAAGAAAGCACAUGUCGAGAUUAGCAGAUUGAGUAUCGAUGACCUUCAUUUGGAUGUUGGCAAGAAAUAUCUCCUCUGCAAGAAUCAACACCACACACGUCUACCUGCACUUAGUGACGACUUGUUCUCGAUGUAUGGUCUCAACGAUCUCGCAAAGUCCGUCGCGCGAACAGGUCCGGAUGGUCAGUCAAAGGGAGUCAAACUUCGAAAGACCUACAAGAAUCAUAUCAAGGAUCACGGUGUGAGCGGCGCCUUUGAUUCAAAGAAGAGAGAGUUUGAUGCACCGGAAUCGUUAUUCAUGAUGAUGAUUACACCAGGCGAGGAAUGGGAUGCACAACAUGCGCAAGGCAAAGAUAUCGAGAAGGGUCUGGGGCUUGAUGACAAUGUACUCAGCAAGGCUUUCACAAUGUCCCGAGGUUCAAUACCAAAGGCCAUGUGGGACUCCUCGGUGCUUGGGGAAUUGGCAGCCACGCCUGCUCCAGAGCCCGCAAAAGCCGUUCAGAAUGCUGCUAGGAUGGCACAACCGCAAGCAGGAGGUGUUCUUCGCACAGCAAAGUCCGAGAUCUCCCGCCCCAAGCGUGCUACGAAGAAGCGUACAUACCAAGACUCCAGCUUCGAGGGUUAUGGUGAGGGAUAUGUCGAUGAUGAUGUUCAGGAUGUUGGAUAUUCUACUGGCGAUGGCGAUGAUAGGGGAGCUAGCAGAAAGCGACCCAAGAAGGUU